UACUGGCACGCCACUUGUCUGGAUAAAAACGCCUUUAUUGGCGUCUAUCUGAAACACUUUGCCAAGUGCAGCGCGCUCAAACACCGGCCAUAAGCUCGUGCUGCCAACCUCAAUAGUAGCGCGCGCUCGCUCUGCCAUAUAGGCUUACAUGACAACACUUAAAUCGGCUGGCGUGCCAUCUGUCGUGAAACGGAACCAGUAUUUCAGGUUUGUUGAACUUGAGCUCCCGAAUGAAGCGGUAAGAAGGGAUGCAGCGCUGUGAAUGAGAGAGAUUAAUGCGGGAGUAACUCAGGGAUGUUUUGGAUGCAUCGCGUGCCAGGACUGAAGGUUUGAUGCCCAUCCACAGGCUCGUGUUUUGAUGAGUUUGGAGGCAAACGCUCCUGCGUGAAUCAUUUACCGCAAAGAUAACCGGCUGGAUUUUCGAGCAAUAUGCGGUUGUCGGUUGGUUUUGUUUUGUCAACUUUUUGGCUAUGGGAAGCGUCGCUUUCUCGCGUUUACACCAAUCACUGGGCUGUUCGGAUCCCUGGAGGACCAGCAGAAGCUGAUAAACUCGCCUCAAAAUAUGGCUUUACUAAUUUGGGUCAGAUCGGAGGACUGGAGCACCAUUACCAUUUCCAUCACAGCAGGGUGGUCCGCAGAUCCACCUUUGCCACCAGAGGCACUCACAGCUUCAUUCACAUGGACCCGAAGCCGGCAUCUCGGGAGUAAUAAAACAGUCCAGGU